AUGCCUGACUUGCGGAACUUAGAUGGUGCCGUUAUUGAUGAUAGCGUGAUCCCGUUUACCGGUGCGCAUACCAACUAUGUGGAACCACCUCUUAAUGUGGAUAACGCAAUAACUGGGUCACAGUCUUCAAUACAAAGUAGUAUGUCAAAUAUAAAUACGACACAAAUUAAUUUUUCACCUAUUUUUUCCACAAAUGUUGCUGCGACUACAACGAUCACAUCUGCUCAAUAUUCAUCGCAUGGUUUAUAUCGAAUUUCGUCACAUUCUUCGCUGCCUUUUGGGUCCGGAGGCGUGGACAUGGCUAUGAAUCAACCAACAGCAUAUGCGGGCUUGCCUAAGGAACAUAACCACGUGGGGCUCUAUAACAAACCGCCUUCAGUUGUAGGUGAACCCCAAAUGAACUCUACAUUUGCUCAUUCAUCCGCUUGCGUGUUUGGUCAGAGCCAGCACGUACCAAUGAGUUCAGUUUAUACGUCCACUUAUGGAGGAAGCGUCUUUCAAAACGCGCAACUACCUCGCGUCACAUCUUUGGUUAAUGGAGAUGGGUGCAGUGCUGCCGCACAAUAUAACCCCUUCUCUCCUGCACGCAACUAUUUCGGGCAACCACAGGGAGGUUUUGCGCCCGUCAACGAUAGUACAUGGAGGCAGGUUCAGAAUAGUUCAGACGUGAGUUUAAACCCAUCACAUAUAGCGUCUAGACAGGCGAUAAGCAAAGAUUUGCCACCUUUCUCCGGGAGGCCAGAAGAAUGGCCAUUGUUUAUAACAAACUAUGAACAAUCAACAGAACGCUGCGGGUUUUCUGAACAAGAAAACUUAAUACGAUUACAAAAAUCACUGCGCGGUGCCGCUCUUGAAGCUGUUCGAGGAAAAUUGAUGAUGCCAUCUACAGUUCAUCUAGCCAUCGAAACUCUUCGUAUGCUUUUCGGGAGGCCAGACGUUAUACAUAACACCCUACAACGGAAAUUGAGACAGAUGCCAGCAGUGAGGACCGAUCGACUGAAUACCCUUAUCGAUCUCGCGUUGGGUGUACAAAAUUAUAGAGCAACCAUGCAAGCAUUAGGUCUGAACGACUAUCUCAACGACCCUAUGCUAAUCAAUGAGUUGCUGAGUAAACUUCCUGGAGAUAUGAAAUUAGACUGGGGUCGUCGUCGAAUGACCAUCUCAAGGGUAGAUGUCGUGGCCUUUGAUGAAUGGUUAUUUGCGCUGGCUUCAUGUGCAAGCCAGGUAACGCCACUUAAUGAAACCAACGGUAACGCUGCGGAAGAAAAGGUGUUAGGAAAGAGCAAUAGGCAAAGAGUUUUCGUGCACGACGAAAUCCCAAAGGAGCUUAGCCCCACCAAAACGCGUAAUGAGGAAACUAAACAUUCCAUAGCUUGUUCUCUGUGCGGCAAAGAGCACAAUCUUGCCGAUUGUCCAAACUUCCUAGCAAAGAGCCGAAAUGACCGUUGGCAGUUAAUCAAGGACAAAAGGCUAUGCAUUCGAUGCUUUAAGUCCCACAUGGUUAGACGCUGCACCUCUAAGCAAGUUUGCGGGGUAGAUGGAUGUAGAAUGGUGCACAACCCACUACUACAUAGCCAAAAUGCUGCAGCUAAGACUAAUCGGGUAAAUACAAUCCUAGUUCAUCAACGUAAGUUUAGAAGAGCCAUUUUUCGUUACAUUCCGGUAAUAUUGUAUGGUCCUAAAGCCACGGUGGAGAUAUUUGCGUUAAUUGAUGAGGGAGCAUCAUGCACGUUGAUGGACAGUAAAUUGGCUGAGCAGCUAGGUCUCGAUGGCCCUGGUGAAGACUUGUGCUUGAGAUGGACGGGCGACAUAACACAGCAGGAGGUAAACUCAAAGGUUUUAAACUGUGAAAUAUCUGCAAGAGAGAAAAAUUCUAGGCGAUAUCGUAUGCACAAUAUUCGAACAAUCACUGACCUUGAGUUACCGCAACAAACUCUCAACGCAGACACUUUAAAUGAGCACAAACACCUGAAGUCAUUGCCUAUUCUACCAUACACCGACUGCAAAGCGCGAUUAUUAAUAGGAUUGGACAACACGGCUAAACUUUGCGUACCUGUGGAGGUGAGUCAAGCUGAAGGUGAUGAUCUAAUAGCUGCGCGUUGUAAAAUAGGUUGGUCAGUAUAUGGUCAGGAUAAGUCGGCAUAUCAGCCAGACGAAAAUCUGCUCCACGUUUGCACCUGUACUAAAUAUGAUCAGCUUGAUAACUUAAUGAAAGCCUAUUUCUCUAUCGAUUCGGUGGGUAUCAAUCCUGUUCUCAAACCCCUUAGAUCAAGGGCAGACGAGCGUGCUUACCACAUAAUGGAGAAAACAGUUUUGUAUGAUGCCAGUGUUAAGAAAUGGGAAACGGGUCUCUUGUGGAAAUAUGACCACAUUGACUCCUAUCGAAUGGCAUAUAAUCGUCUCCAAUGUCUGGAAAAGAAGAUGGAAAAGAGCCCCGAUCUGAAGCAAUAUCUUGUUGGGAAGUUAAAUGACUAUCUCGAAAAGGGUUACAUAAGAAAACUAAAAGUCGAGGAAAUAUCGAAAGGAGGCAGAUCUUGGUUUAUUCCAAUAUUCACAAUUGAGAACGUUAACAAAAAUAAAUUGAGAAUCGUGUGGGAUGCAGCAGCUAAGGUGAGUGGCACCAGUCUGAACGACGUAUUAUUGAAAGGACCCGAUCUUCUAAGAUCGUUGGUAGGUGUCCUAUUGAGAUUUCGUGAACGACCAGUGGCCAUCUGUGGAGAUAUUCGUGAAAUGUUUCACCAAAUUAGGGUGAGAGCGGAAGAUCAGGUAGCACAGCAGUUCCUGUGGCGAAACGGCGAUAGUAGCAGACAUCCCGAUGUAUUCGCUAUGACCGUUAUGACGUUUGGGGCAUCGUGUUCCCCAUCUUUGGCAAACUACAUAAAAGAUAAGAACGCUCUACGUUUCCAGAAGACACUACCAAAUGCUGUGGCAACAAUUGUCGAAAAUACGUUUGUGGACGAUUGGUUGCAUAGUAUGGAUGAUGAGGAAGAAAUGAUUCGACUAGCUACUGACGUCCGCUUCAUCCAUUGUGAAGGUGGGUUCGAGAUGCGAAACUGGUUGUCGAAUUCUCAACGAGUUCUGCAAGCGCUCUCAAGUAAGCAUGAACCCGCGAAUAAAUGCUUCAUAGAGCCAGGAUCAGAACUUCAAAAGGUUCUUGGUAUGUGGUGGUUACCAACCAGUGACGAACUAACCUUUGUUCACAGGUUCAAACCGGAUAUCUUCAAUGAAUCCACUUUUCCAACGAAACGACAAAUGCUUCGAGUAAUGAUGACUAUAUUCGACCCUUUGGGUCUGUUGGGGUUUAUUGUAAUUAAAGCAAAUAUGAUAUUACAAGAUGUGUGGCGAUCGGGCGUAACUUGGGAUGAGCCUGUACAUGAUAAAGAACGUUCCGCUUGGUGGCAGUGGCUGCGAAAGCUACGCUGUAUUGAUAAAAUCCGUAUUCCAAGGUGCUACACUUUCGCAAAUCGCAGCAGCGAUAACCAACUUCAUAUCUUCGUUGAUGCUAGCAUAUCAGCAUAUGCUGCUGUGGCCUUUCUUCGUUCAAGUAUGGGCGACAAAGUUCAUUGCUGUCUCGUUGCCUCCAAGACACGAGUUGCUCCGUUGAAGCCACUCUCAGUGCCGAGACUUGAGUUGAUGGCAGCCAUCUUAGGACUUCGUCUAGCUAAGUUCAUAAGAAAGGAACUCUCCAUACAAAUUAACCGCCGGAUCUUCUGGUGCGAUUCGAAGGAUGUCCUAUAUUGGAUUAGGUCUGAUGCCAGAAAAUUCAAUCAGUUUGUAGCUGUGCGAAUUGGCGAAAUUCUAGAGGAUUCACAAAUCAACGAGUGGCGGUGGGUACCAACGAAGGAUAACGUAGCUGACGAUGGUACAAAAUGGUACAAUAAUAUGGAAUUAAACAGCUCUGGGAAAUGGUUUACGGGCCCUGAAUUCCUAAGUCUAUCAGAAACUUUCUAG